AUGACCGACGGCGAGCUGCACAAACUGCCGACCAGCCUGUGGAGCACGCUGCGCUGGCUGAAGCCGUUCCGGCGGCCGCUGGCGCUAGCGGCGUUGCGCGACUUGGCAGCGCCAGCACGUCGCGGCCUGGCCGACGACAGCCUGUACGCGUUCGUGGCGCGCCGGUUCGGCAGCGACGUGGCGCAGUUCGCCGUUGACCCGCUGGUGCGCGGCGUUUGCGCCGGCGACGCACGCCAAAUCAGCGUGCGUUUCCUGAUGGACACGCUGUUCGAACACGAGCAGCGCUACGGCAGCGUGCUCUGGGGCAUGUGGAAGGACGAGCUGGCGCGCCGCGCGCAAGCCGAGCGCUGGAGCGUCUGGAGCCUGGAGGGUGGUCUGCAGACGCUGCCGGAGGCCAUGGCGGCGCGGCUGGCCGCCGAUGGCGUCGCCGUGCUGCCGGAUGCAUGGAGCGGGUACUACGGCGUCCGGCCGAGCCGGCAGCGGCUGCUGGACGCCGCGCUACACGAGGUGCGACGCUCGCUCGGCGUCACGGCCCGGCCCAGCCGGCUCUGCGUGCAGCUGCAGGAGCGCUGCAUCCCGCAGUACCGCGUCGGACACCGCGCCCUGGUUGCAGGAGCACCGGACGAGUCGGUGUCGGGCCUGUGGGGACCGGGUCUGCCGGUGCGGAUGUCCGCAUGGGCCCGCAAGAUGUGA